AUGGAGAUACCACUAAUGGAAAACAAGGCUGAAAAUCAUAUGACAUCAGCUGCAGCCUUUGUUGAAGGAGGCAUCCAAGAAUAUUCUGAUGAUGCUUGCAGUAUAUGUCUUGAAGAGUUCAGCGAUAGGGAUCCUUCAACUGUCACUGUUUGUCGGCACGAGUUUCACCUACAAUGCGUUCUUGAAUGGUGUCAAAGAAGCUCUCAAUGUCCUAUGUGUUGGCAACCUAUCACCUUGAAAGAUCCUAUAGGUCAGGAAUUAUUUGAAGGAGUAGAGCAAGAGAGGAAAUGGAUGAACACUCCAUCAAGAAAUGUUAACACCUUUCAUCACCCUUCCAUUGGAAAUUUUGGAUUUCAAAGUCUUCGCAUGGAAGAGAGAAUACUUCAAAAUUUAGCUAUUGUUGCAUCAAUCGAAAGAAGACACCGUCUUGCUCAAAUGGAAGGGAUGGGGAUUCAACAAAUUGAUCAUGAUCGAUCACAGUUUUCAUUAUUCUCGAAUCAACAUGCUGCACGAGACAAUCCAAAUGCCAUUCACAUGAGUAGUCAAUCUACUCCAAUAACAUCUAAUGAAGAUGAACCAUUACAACAGACACAACAAUUGCAGAAUGAAAGUUCUUCAACUUCUGAUACUUUGCGGUCUAGAUUUAAUGCACUAUCGACGAGAUACAAAGAAUCAAUUUCAAAGGGUACAAGGGAUUGGAAAGAAAGGUUCUUCUCUCGAAGUUGUUCCAUGUCAGAACUCGGUUUAGAAGCGAGAAAAAAGGUGAACCUUGGAAUUUCUAGUGUAUCACAGUCGAUGAAAAAUAGGUUUGUAGAUACUUCUUUCCCAAAUCACAUGGAGAAUAGUUCUAUGGUAAAGAGAAGCAACAAUGAUCAUGUUGAAGCUAGUGGAGAAAACUCUUCAUGCAAUAACAAUACACAUGCUGCAUCUUCUACUAGUUCACAUUCAAAUUGA